AUGAGCUCCACGGCAGCGGCAGGGGUAGCACCGGAGUGCGGCGGCACCAAGACAUCGUGGCCGGAGUUGGUGGGGCUCAGCGUGGAGGAAGCCAAGAAGGUGAUCCUCAAGGACAAGCCCGACGCCGACAUCGUCGUGCUGCCCGUCGGCUCGCCGGUGACCAGGGAUUAUCGCCCAAACCGCGUGCGCAUCUUCGUCGACACUGUCGCCGAGACGCCCCAUGCCACGACAGCACAAUCAACUGAUCACCUAGAUAUUCGCAGGUUGCGACUCCCGACCGACGACGAUCAUGAGCUCCACGGCAGCGGCAGGGGUAGCACCGAGUGCGGCGGCACCAAGACAUCGUGGCCGGAGUUGGUGGGGCUCAGCGUGGAGGAAGCCAAGAAGGUGAUCCUCAAGGACAAGCCCGACGCCGACAUCGUCGUGCUGCCCGUCGGCUCGCCGGUGACCAGGGAUUAUCGCCCAAACCGCGUGCGCAUCUUCGUCGACACUGUCGCCGAGACGCCCCAUGUCGGCUGA